CAAGUUAAAGAAGAAGAAUUUGACGAUAGAAAUCGAAGACAAAAGAAAAGAGAGCAAGUUUCAGAAUUAACAAAUCAAUCCUCGUCGAUUAGGUCACGCAGGUAAUGGAAUUGCAUUCCACGAGUAUGGAGGCAUUGCAUAUAUCUCCGGCCGACGAUCCGCGAGGAAGUCCAGGUAAGGCAGCCGGAGUCGGCAUACUCCUUCAGAUAAUGAUGCUUGUUCUCUCUUUCGUCCUCGGCUACGUUCUCCGUCGUCAUCGCUUCUAUUAUCUCCCUGAAGCCAGCGGUUCUCUUCUCAUAGGUUUACUCGUUGGUGCACUUGCAAACAUAUCUGAUACCGAAACUAAUAUUAGGACAUGGUUCAAUUUUCACGAGGAAUUCUUCUUCCUGUUUUUGUUGCCUCCGAUCAUAUUUCAGUCAGGCUUCAGCUUGGCACCUAAACCAUUCUUUUCUAACUUUGGAGCCAUUGUAAGACUUGCUAUACUGGGAACUUUUAUAUCUUCAAUGGUUACGGGCAUCCUAGUGUAAGUGUUUCUCUAUUUAGAUAAUUACUAUAUCAUUACAUUGACUCAGUGUAGAUGGAUUUUGAGCAUCUGGAUAAGUUAUGAGCUCAAUAUGAACUUCAU